AUGGCCCCAGGACGCGCAAAGAAGACGGCCGACGUGGCCGAGAAGUUCGUCUCGGCGCCGGCGCUUGAGAAGACGCGCAAGGCAACCGCGACGGCGAAGCUCGCGCCGCAAGCGGUGACACCGGUGGCGCAGACCAAGCCUGCUCGGGCGGUGACGCCGGUGGCGCAGGCCAAACCCGCUCGAGCGGCGCCCAAGCGCAGCCUUCCGCAGCCCGUGCAGAACGACGACAACGACGAGGAGAAUGAGGACGACGAUGAGGACGACGAUGACGAUGAGGCCAAGGCGGACGCGGUGCCGGCAAGCACUUGCGUCGCGGCGAGCAGCGAGCCGUCGGCGACGCCGCGCAGCCUGCACGACGACUUUAUCAACUUGAUGAAGGUGCAAGGCCUCGAGAAAAUGGCCACCGACGCCGGUCUCCUCAAGGACGGCCAGUUCCGCGACCUCAAGCGCGAGUGGGAUUCGAUGAACCAGUCGUUUCUGCCGCUCAAGAAGGCCGAUGCGUCGAUGCCGUCGCUGCCGUUUCCAACGCCCACGCCCAAGAAGAAGAAGACACCGCGCGCCAGUGCUACGAGCGCGGUCUCGGAGAAGGGCAGCAAGGGCCUGCGUCACUUUAGCAUGAAGGUGUGCCAAAAGGUCGAAGAGAAGCACGUGACGUCGUACAACGAAGUGGCGGACGAGCUCGUGCACGAGUUUGUGACGAUGCGACCGUCCGACUCGGUGUACGACGAGAAAAACAUCCGCCGCCGCGUCUACGAUGCACUCAACGUGCUCAUGGCCAUGGACAUCAUCUCCAAGGAGAAGAAGGAGAUUCGCUGGCGCGGCUUGCCCUCGAACGCCAAGCAAGACCUCGAGCUCCUUACCAUGGAGAAAGCGCAGCGGCUCAAGAGCAUCGAGCAAAAGAAGCAGCAGCUCCAAGAGCUGCUCUUGCAGCAAAUCGCGCUCAAGAACCUCGUGCGGCGCAACGAAGCGGACGCGACGACGGCUGAGAGCCGCAUCGCGCUCCCGUUCAUCCUCGUCAACACGAGCAAGGACACGGUCAUCCAGUGCGAGAUGUCGGAGGACCGCCAAGACGUCUUCUUCAACUUUAGCGGGCCGUUCGAGAUCAACGACGACAGCGAGAUCCUCAAGCGCAUGGAUCUCCACAAAGCGGCGCCGGCCGACGUCAAGGACCUCGUGCCCGAGAAGCUGCUCCGGUACCUUCCGCCCGCGUACCUUACCGAGGUGUGAUUCGUGCCAUCGCGUGUGUUUCUUAUAUAAAGUCGUCUUUACUCUUUCUGGG